AUGGAUACUCGAAAGUUCGUCGGUCUAACGGGAGGAGAUGUAGUUCGAGAAACCGUUGCCAAAUACGGGGUUCAUCAUGUUUUUGGAUACCCUGGGGACGCUGCCCUACCCCUGUUCGAUGCCAUCUUCAAGAGCUCGCUCUUCCGCCUCAUCCUUUCCCACCAUGAACAAGGGGCAGGACAUAUGGCCGAGGGGUAUGCUCGUGCUAGCGGAAAACCAGGCGUUGUUCUAGUCACUUCGGGACCAGGAGUCUCCAACAUGGCGACACCUAUGUUGGAUGCCCUUUCGGACGGAACCCCGAUGGUUGUACUGUGCGGCCAGGUAUCGACCGCUGCCCAGGGCACGCAGACUUUCCAGGAGAUAGACGCUGAGACGCUAGCCAAACCAUGUACAAAAUGGUGCACUUGUGUUCGGAGCAUCAGUAGCCUACCGGACUGCCUGGAGUUGGCAUUUCACCACGCUAUGGACGGACGCCCCGGUCCAGUUCUUGUCGCCAUCCCUGAGGACAUCGGACUAGCUACCUUUGAUGUACUUGCAUUUGAAGAAUCCUUGAAAAGCUCUUAUAAUGCUCGUGGGAAUAGCGACCCCCAAGAUUCUAGUCUAGCUCCAGCGUACAACAUGAAUACCCUUUACGAUCAGAUUGACCGCGUUGCGGAUGUGAUCAACAAUUCCGAGCGCCCUGUCAUCUGUGCCGGAAAUGGAGUUCACGGCGAACACGGCGCUUUGUUCUUGUCAAAAGUGGCUGAAAAGGCUCAAAUCCCGGUCGCUACCACACUCCUAGGACUCGGCAGCUAUGAUGAGAUUCGAGACAAGUCCUUGCACCUAGUUGGCACAUAUGGGUCGCCAUAUGGCAAUUAUGCCAUCCAGAAUGCCGAUUUGAUCAUUGCAAUUGGAGCCCGCCUAGACGAGCGUGCGGUAGGCAAUGCUGCUGCAUAUGCUCCAAUGGCUCGAGAAACUGAAUCGGGCCAAGGCCGUGGCAUUAUCCACUUUGAUAUAGCACCCGACGCGGUGGGCAAGGUCAUUAAACCGACCGAGGUGGUGGUUGGAGAUCUGUCUCAAACAUUGCCCAUUCUGCUUGCGCGCCUUGUCGGACGUAAAGGUCGAUCGAGUUGGCUCAGGCAAAUUCACGACUGGAAAAGACAGCAUCCGUUCAAGAUCCCCAAUAGUGACUCAUUCUCCGGCGCCUGUCGCUGUCUUCCUCAGCAUGUAGUGAGGGAACUGAACCAACAAACCGCCCCUACCAAACAUCGCACGACCAUCACAACUGGAGUCGGGCAGCACCAGAUAUGGACAACGAGGUUUUACCGCUGGAGGUACCCACGGUCUCUCAUCACGCCUGGCAGCCUGGCACCGAUGGGAUUUGGGGUCCCGGCUGCUAUUGGGGCUCAACUUGCCCGACCAGAUCAUCAAGUCAUUGAUGUAGAUGGCGAUGCCUGCUUUAGCAUGACCAUGGAGGAACUUCUCACCGCUUCUCACAAUCGUAUUUCAAUCAAAGUAAUUAUCCUCAACAACGAUAAGCAAGGUAUGACCAGGCAGCUUCAAGCCGGUUGUGGUGGCCACGUGUGUUAUGUCCGCCAAGGGAAUCCGGAUAUCGUGAAAUUGGCUCGGAGUAUGAAUUGUCAGUCUCGCCGCUGUGGUUGUCUAUAUGAACUUCCGGGGUGUAUCCAAUGGCUUCUCAGGUGUCAGGGACCCGCAGUACUAGAUAUCCUGACAGAUGAUACCGAGAUGAUUCCUCUGGUACCGAAUGGGCAACCAUUGGACCAAAUGCUACUGGAACCAACUGGAGCAACUGGGCCAUAG